GGUCCUCAGCCAAUUCGCUUUUCAUCUCUCUCCUAAUUAUGAGCUCGAUUUGGAAGGCGCCUCCGCCCUGGUGAAUCUACGUGACCGAAACGGAUCAACUCGUUCCCGUCGGCAUAAAUCCAAUCUGACUGGAACGUCCUCUACCGGUGUGACUGAGACCAGUCAUGUCAAACCGUUACAGCGGCUCACGCGUGCCGCUUCCACCGCAGACCCGAUGAAUGAUCCACCUUCU